AUGGAUUCAUCUGAGGUUUCAGAAUCUGUAUCGUCUUACAAUUUUGAAUUGCAUAAAAUUGCUGCUCAAUUUGAGAUGUGCGGUGAGCCGUUGUCAGAAGAAUCCAAGCUAGAGAAGACGUUAGGCACAUUUCAUGCUUCGCAUAUUCAGAAUAACGAAUUGUUAAUUAAAAAUCACGAGUCCCGUCCUUGUGGUUCUGCUCCGGUGCCCGAAGUAAAUAGGGCAUCGUAUUCUGGACAUGGACAUGAUCGUGGUAAGCAGGGUUAUCGUGGAAAGAAGCGUAAACGCGGAGGCUAUAGGCAUAGAAAUGCCAACAGCCAUCCGUAUAACAAAAAUGUGGGAGCGAAGCAAGAUAAAGGGAAGGGAUCGACUUCCAAUUCUCAAAAGAAAUCUGAGAAUCCCCCCAAGAAAAAUGACGAGGGUUGUUAUCGCUGUGGUUCUAAAGACCAUUGGUAUAAAUGA